GGUGACCUAACCUACAACUCAGUGUUGGAGUGUUUGUCGAUCGAUACAGGAAACGAAAUAAGACCGCCGUCCAUCACAGUGACCUCAUGUGAUGACGGCAGUCGUAUGCUCACACACCUUGGCUGCUUAUCAAGCCACAAUUUUCAUUUUAAUGAUUCACUUUGGAAUUACCAAGUUGCUCGCUUCAAGUUUGACGGCAAUAUUGUCAUAACAAAUCUUGUUCACUUAAGAGGGACGAACGCCCUAUCGUUGACCGGAGAAAAUAUUACUAUAGAUUUGAACGGAGUUUUGAAAGUUGAUGUAAACACCGUGCCUUCGUCUCACAAAGAAACAAGAUUGGUUGGAGGUUUUGUCUCUGCGAUUGGUGCAAAUGGUUCGUGCAGAAAUGUGCAUUUGUCUUUCAGUGUUGGAGAAGUAUGAAAAUCUGAUAGGCUUCAUUAGAACUUUCUUCUCUUAGCGCUGAUCAUGUCCCUAUGUUCACAUAUUUUCUUCUAUUUCGUUUAUAGCGACGACAAUUUCAGCCUUUCAAUACUUUUUUUUGUAACUUAUGUUUUUUGGUUUGUUUGUUUGUUGUUGUUGUUGUUUUUUGUUUACGACUAUUAUUGCCUAUAUCUAUGGUUAUCUAUUGUUUACUUCUAAGUAGUAAUAUUCAAGAUGUAUCAUUCAAUAUGAGAAAAAAAAUGGUGUGCAACAAAAUAAUACAAUAAGUUUUCUUUUCUCCUUACACAUAGAUGAAAAAGAUGCUCUAAACUUGUACUAAAAAACCUGAUAAAGAACUUUUUAAGCUCGACAUUUCGAUUAUGAGGCAGAACAACUUUCUAUCGGAACCGCAUCAGCUUGUUUCCAAAGGUCAAGGAAUUUCUAUUCUGUAAGUUUUAUGAACAGAGCCCCCCAAAACUUUCAUUCCUGAAGGAAGAGGGAUUAAAAUAGUUAUACGGUUUGGAGCCGGUUAGGUUGAACACUGCUCACUUUGCGUGUGUCGUAAUGGCUCGUUAUGCAGGUAAUCCUUAUGGUGGACCGGGACGGGGAUUGUACUACAAGAAAGAAGCUGGAGGGGCUGGUCAUGGUGGUCACGGUGGUCACGGGGAAGGAAAGAGAAAGUACUCGUACAGCAAACCAUAUGGUCUUAAAAAUGUCGACCACUAUUUGGGAGGAAGCACAGGUAUAGUGAAUAGUUACGUUAAAGCCUGGGCAUAAUAACAAAGCUCAGACAUCUGAUAGUGCUCCUAAAGAUUGACAUUUAUCGUGAUCACUUCAAACUUGUAGAGUUAGAAAAAGUGAACGACUUACAGGAUAUUAAUAGAUAUCUGGCUAAAAUGAUGGUACACUCGACUGUUAACAACUCUUCGCUUCACUCUGAUGAUGACUUCCGCUCCGGCAACAGUCCUUCUCAGGAAUACACUCACCCAGAGGAUCAUAGGCUUAAAUUCUAGCUCCAUUUGCCUGUCGAAGAACAAGCUCAAAAAAAUAUUGAAGAUGUGGUAAAGAAUUCACUCCAUCAUUCACACCUUUCAAGGAGAAUCUUAUUAUUUCGCUCGGCUGUUACCUUACUAUAGCGAAAAACCUCCUGCGUAAUAUGUAACAAGAGCAACUAAUGCAAAUACUACCAGUUAACGCUCCGAUACAUUUAUCUUGUAACUUCACUGACGUUAUCAUUCAUUGGUUGGUUUGUUAAUUAUUUCAUUUAACUAUUGUUUUAGGAGCGUUUACGGGUUCAAAUACGCCAGGGUUUGGAGGACCAGCAAUUGAACUGAAUGCUACAGGAAAGAUAGAGAUCAGUAAGUACAAUCUGAUCUUAAGAAUUCUCCAUAAACAGACGUUGCCCAUACGACGCAAGAUGUAACCUUUCUGUAUCAUCAGGGCGAAAUCAAUCCUUGACUGAGUCAUAUUCUUGGUGCCGUCAUCCGGGCCACUCGAUAUUCAUUGUGGCCCAGCAAUCUUUAUCCUGACAUCAUGAUAGUAUUCUUUUUCCAGCCCUGAAAACCGUAACAUCUUCGUAAGUGCAGUGUUUACGGCCCGACAUUUUGGACCAAGUUACAUAUACAACGGGAGGUCGUUUUCAGGCCUAUUCGACGCCUGCUCAGUUGAUUAUAUGAAGAAAAUAACUGCUUCUUAAUCUUCAUUUUAACUAUCUGGUAUUUGCCCCCUCUACAAUCCUCAGGUACCACAAUCAAAGUUUCAUCAUUUUUUCAGCGUUAGUUGUCAACUUAACCUUAUCCUGACCGACCCUCAGUCCACAUUCUUCGAUUGUCCCUCUAUAACUAUCAUUGCAACAUGUCUACCACAACUUCCCAAUGUCCAAACAAGACUCUCCGUCAUUAAGUCUAGUUUACACAAAGUAUGCAAGCAUGAGCAUUAGAGCAUGAGAGCGUUUACACAUGCAAUAGGCAUACACUCAAGCAUAAGACGAGACAUGCUUUAUGGCACGAUUACCCUUUUAAGGGUAAAAUUUUAAAAUUUGAACAAUUUCAAUUCCAUUUCCCAACUUAAGUUGAAAACAUAAAAUUUUCAUUCCGCAAAUGGCUUUGAAGCUGGCAAAAGUAGCUGAAUAAAAGAAGAGAAAACACAUAUUUAAUGAUAAAUUGUGACGAUUUAUAAAAAUAGCAGAGAUUUGCGACGGAAAAUUUGAAGAGCUAUUAAUUUAGUCUGAUGAAAGGUUUUGCUGCAAGUAAACUUAAUGCUACAAAACCAUAACAAAAUUAUCAGUGAAAAAAUUUUCAGUUUUCUGAAUAUCUGUCACUAGCUUGGGAAAAAAGAAAAUCUGAGCCAGCAUGUGAGGUUAGGGCUGGGGAUCGAACAGAAAUUUUGCGGUAGGAUUUCCUAUCAUCAGAACAAAAGAGAAUUUGGAGUCGUUCUCUGAAGGAAAAGUGCGCUACUGUUUCAUGGCGCGGUGGUCUUCAAAUCACGAUAGCUCAACUCAUUACAACAAGGCAACUACAACAUGUACAGUUCCAUGUUUCAUUCAUAAAAUUGUUUUUUUUUAAUACAAGUCUUACUUCUCGCCAGGAGGUGCCAUAGAAGCGAGUGCCAUAUCCAAUCCAGUUUUAUCAGGCAUUUCCAGCAACGAGAAGAUAGGAGGAAAUUCUGGUGGCCUAGUCAGACUAAUAGCUGAAACGGUAAGUAGAAAUGGAGGGGGGGGGGCACUAACUGCCAAUUUAAAUCGAUACGUCAGUAUGGGGCUAUUCAGUAAAAAAAGCUUAACUAGACUUAGCUAAUCAGGAAAAUAUCAACUGUUAACGCAGAAAUGUAACGGUCAAUUUUGUUUUAUCCGUAGGUUCAUAUUUCGCAUGAAGCAAGGAUAUAUGUCAACGGCAGUAAGGGGAUUUGCAGUGGCAAUAAUUGUAAGGCUGGUGGUGGAAGUGGCGGGAUAGUGCAAAUCAUAUCCUCUUGUGGUUCUAUCGCUCCUAAUGCCAUUUUUUUAAGAGGUAGCCAAGCAGAGGAUGGUUUCCUUUACAUCAAGGGUGAGUAAAUAUCGUAUAAAUGUUAACGAUAGGAUGAAAUCAAGCCAACGCUUUACACAGUGCACGCGUUAGAAAAUCAUAUUAAGCAACCUUCGUCUACGAUGCCUGCUCGUGAGUAAUGCUAUGCUUGAUUAAUUAAAUUCGCCCCAAUGAGGAGUCUCUGGUUUAUUUCAGCUCACAGGUUGGUAACUAGAAAAAUGGAAUAAGUUUUUUGCUCCUCAUUAAGCGUGAUUACCAGGGCAGCAUCUCGUCGACCAGCUGCUGGUCAAAUCUUCAAUUCUGAGUGCUAUUUUAAAUGAUUCAAAGCCAUAUGAAAUAGCACUAAAUCAAAAGGAUCAUUCUGAUGACUCUUAAUUUCAGGUAUCAGCGAAGGUAAUUUUCAAACAUUUCCUGAUGAUCCGUAUUCCUGGGGACAAAAGAGUUCAUCAACAAGAACUCUAACUUCGGGUGCGCGAAUAACAAUUCCUGCCAGUACAUCUCCGAGACACUCGUCAUCUGAAAUAACAACAGUUAACAGUGCUAUUUCGACAGCGACAUUCCAUACAACAUCAAAGGUUUUUACGUCAUGUGAAUUAGAUACGACCACAAGCUAUGCACAGGACAUCUCAACGAGAACAUCACACCAAACUUCCCCAGUCCGUAUAGCAAGCAGUUCGUCGCUUCAGCCUCCACAUCCCACAGAGUCGACCAUUAGUGGUUAGUAGAUUACUGCACAAUUAGCAAUGACUCACACUUAAGUUUCAAGGGUUAAAAUUAUCAUUAGCUGGUUAUUUUGCUGCUCCCCUAAGCCCCGUUAUACAAGUUAUCCCUCUUUCAAACUGGUUUGAUCUGUAAUUCUUCUCAGGGCUAACUUCAUAAUUUUGCUUGGUUAAGUAGUAUAGUAUCCAAAACUGAACUAAUUAAACAAAAAAUGUUGCUUUUGCAUUCUAUAACGUAACGCGCUAUUUCCCAAUCUUCUGGAUCCAAUAAACAUACCGGUGAGGUAAGUAACUGUUAAGCAACUCCGUAUUCGUGACUUAUUAAGGUUUGAAAUACGUUUCUGUAUGUUUCACUGCUUCAGUGCCGCCUUUUAAAAAAGGAACCGUUGAGGAUUUGCAAAAUCUUCUUGAAAAAGUAAAGACAUACAAGGUGAGGUUGAAGGGCUCAUUUUCUGUUUGUUUAAAGCGAUCGUCAUUUUACCUAUCUAUAUUCCUUUCCCAAGACUACCGCCGUAGAAUUCCAAAUCAUCAAACUUGGAGAUAGAAUACAAUACCUUAUUGGAAAUGUAAUAAUCCCUUAUGAAGGUGCAGAGUACUUUUAACUGAAUGAUUUUAUAUGUGUUUGAUUUAUUCAGAUUAUAACAAGUUUUUGAUCACUUUUCCAUCCAACUGUCAUAGUAGAAAUGUAAAUAUAUGAAAAACAUAUACGUGAACUGCGGAGUAAUGAUGAAUAUGAAUGCAUCUACGCAGUGAUAAACAGAAGAAUUCAGGCCUGUACUGGAUUUAAACCCAAGACCUCAGCGAUACUGGCGCAACGCUCAACCAAUUGGGCUAUCAAGCCUUAUUUUCCAGACCUGGUUUUCACUAUUGCUUAAGUAGUGAUCAUGACUGCGAAGAUCGCUCUCAUAUUUAUUAAUUAAUUCGUAGUUCACAUACAUGAUUUUCACGCAUUUACAGUCUUUAAUUCAUCACUUCCGCAUGACAUCCCAGUUGGUAGGGCGCUGUACCGGUUUCGCAGAGGUCAUGGGUUCGAAUCCCGUACAGACCUAAAUUUUUUUGGUGUCUUAUUUUCACCACUAUUUAAGUAGCGUUCAUUACUGCGAAAAUCGUUUUCAUAUUCGGUCAUAGGAGACUUGAAAAAAGAGACUCCGUCGUGUCAAAAAAAUUGUUUCAGCCACAAAAUUUAAUAUCUAGACGGUCAGAAUUCUACUCUAAUAACUAUGAAUUUACCUCAAAGUCUAUUUUUAUGCUUGUUCAUUACUUUUCAAUUCAUUUAAGGAGAAUAAAGUCAACACCUCCAAUCCGGUGGAAGCUAUAACUCAGUUUCUGGAAUCGUUCAGAACUUUUACGGUGGUUGGGAACUUAACAACGUACAUUAUAAACAUCAGCAUAUCCCUGAUUGUAGAAUUAAAUGAACUGAUGUUGUCGGACCGUCACCAUAAAUUACAGGUAAACUAAGUAUGAAUAAAGCUCUUUGCAUAUAUCUUACGGAGGAAAACAAGAAAUAGAUCGAUAUAAGACUGCAAUAGACAGGAAUUCAAUCUUGGAUGUACUCAAGAGUCUACUUAAGAGUCUAGGCAAUCAAUCUCAACGCAACCUCAAAGGAAAUUGUUCGAGACAAAUUGUCAACCGCUCUACUGAUUUGUUUCAAUAGAAUAUCCAGCCUACACAAAAAUGAAACCUUGUAAAGCUAAAAUGAUUCAACAAAGUGUUGUACAAUAGCCUGCUAUGUAAAAGCGAGGUUUCAUCUCUAUAUGAUUAAUAUUUCAAAGUAGCACUUAAGUUUUUUAAAAGUCUUUUAACUUGCCUAUCAUACUUCAUAUCAUAAUUUUUUAUUGCAUCGCGCGAUGCCUUUAUGAAACCAAUUUGUGUGACAAAGGCCAUGUAUUUUAGAUCUUGUGUUGUCUUAAUAGUGAAGACUUGAUUCUUGCAAUGUACACUAAAAUAGAAGAAAAGCAGAUUUAAGAAAUCAAAGAACUUAAUCAGAUUCAUUCUCGCCUCAACAGACAUUGUAAUUAUUGACAAAACUGUACUAAACUUGAUUGUCUAAGCCGCAAACAAUUGUAAAACAUUGUUUUAUGUUUUUUAUAAGCUCAUUUCUGCUUUACUCAACACUGUUGAUGAACUCUUGGACGACAAAAACGCUGCAGUAUGGCGCAGUAGCGGAAUGGUGAGGAUAUUACAAUUUCUAAACAGCAAAUAAUACUCGUAUCUUGCACACAUGAGUUAUGCAAACACCGCGACGUGUUAACUAAUACUGGAUUUGUUGAAGAUUUAAUGAAACAGACAGAAUCAUUGAUUACCACAUUACAAAUAAGCAGCUUGUUCCAUCAAGUAAAACAUGUAAACCAAUCCUCAAAGAGUCAUAGAAGCUGUAAGUUUGAUCAAAUAUGUCCGGAGCACCCUGAGCAGUUAUUUGAAUGUAUUCGAACAUUAAGGUAGUUCAGGGCAGAUUAAUUAUGAUGUCAGUGUUCUCUCGUCUUUAGACUCAGUUUAUGUAAGGAUUAAAAAAUCUUCAGGAAUAAAUCAGUUUCUUGAAUAUGCAAUUAAUACAGAUGUUAAAACUCAUAUUACAACAGGAGGCCAUUAAUGGGCUCCUGAUUACAACUAAUCUUGGAUACGAAAACAUCAACUCAACCUGAUCUUUAUAAAUGUCUUGUCUCAGGCUUCGAAAAUCAAGAUGUCAUGGUCGAUUUUUAUAGUCGAGAUGUCAUUUUAGGAGUGAAUUUUUCUCCCUGAGGUUGAGGACAAAGUGUUCUAAAGGGAUUCACAGUUAUACUGGCUCGAGUUAUCUUUCGAAAAGUCAGCUCACGAAAAAGGAGCAAAUAUCUUAUAGAGCAAGUUGCUGAGGUUCCCGUGGUCCCGUAUCGUUUCUGCGAUACAAAAACGAGAACAAUACAACUCAAAAGACUUUCAUACUAUCGAGGUUCUUUAGAUUUUAUUGAAUUCAGUAAUUUUUUUCGCAAGAAUUAAUGUACGUGUUGAGCAAUGGAAUAGAGUGUUACCAACUUAAAUGUUAACACUGGGUGUAAACGUCGAGUAAAACUGAGUGGCCGAAGGAGUUUAAGAUUAUUAACUUAUUCUCAACUAACAGCUCAUGGAUCUUGUGGAAGCUGUGGAGAAGACAGCUUUGUUAGCAAUAAAUUAUACGUCUGCCACUAACCAAAGCGUGAUGUUAAUCAAGAAAAACCUAGGUAAGAACGUUGUAGCAUAAAUCUAGACGAAAUGUAAUUUUCUCUUCACAGUUUUAAGAGAUAACUUUCCUUUUCAAAGUAAAGUGCAUCAAACAUCCUCUGACCAACCAGGAAAAAACAAAAAGAUUCUCUAUUCGGAAAAGGAUACUCCCCUCAUCAUUCCAGCCAAGGCCACAGAGUUUACAGUGUUAUAUCAUAUAAUUCAUCUUGUGCAGUUGUUUUAAAUGCUCGGCUUGUAUUCUGAAGUUGAUUUAACGAAUCACUAUGCAACUUCUGUUUCUCCUUAGAAAUGCAUUCAAUAGUACAAUACGUCAAUCCAAACAGCAAUGUGACGAUACCCAAUUCUAACAAACAAUCUCGGUCAACAGCCUUAAUAACUCUUCAAGCAAGUGGAUUAUCCAUGAACAUUAGUAGAUACACAAAAGAGGGUAAGCAGUUUGUUAUUUACUGCAGGAUUCGCUUUAAAAAUAUCAUAACUUUCAAAUUUCUAUUCAGCAAAAAGACAACGACUGAAACCCUUUACAGCAUCUUCAAAAUGAUUCAUAUCGAACUCAACCGAAUGGACUAAAGGUCUCAACGCAGAGCGGCGAGAAUGUUACCGGCAACAGGGUGACAAAUUGUUUACUAAAAAUGUUUGAUCACAUGUACUUACGUGUCAUGCCGUAAGUGUCACGCAGCCAUGCUUUCGUUAACAUUCACUUGAUAAUACAUUUGCUCUUCGUUAUACCUUUCUUGGUAGGUCGCCUUGCUGUGAGCAUGGUUAUCUACAAAAAUCAAAUAUCCUAUUUCACAAGCAGGACACCGUCCGCUGCAAUAGACGGGUGAAGAAAAAAAUUUAUCAUUCUAGUUUACAUAUCCUUUCUCAUGGAUCAUUUUCGCUGUUAGUAACUAAGGAACAAGACACCCAAAAGAGCUUGACAAGACAAGUGAAAUAAAGCUCGUAAGAUCAUGAAUUGUUCAGCGAGAUUUAUUCUAAGGAGGAAAAACAAGGUAGCGGACAGUAGCUUGUAUCUUCAAAAUAAAAUCGAUAUUAAAAAUAUUCUGAGCUGGAUUCAAAAUCUCUACACUUUUUCAAUUCUUCAGAAUAGUUUUUUGUUUACCAUUGAAAUGAAUACAUUCGAUGCAUUGAGGUAAUAAUAUUUGCGCGUGCGUGAUCGGAAGGAUCCAAAUUGCCUCAAUCACUUGUCACCAAAAAUAGAUAAGUAAGUUACCAUCUGUUAUUUCCUUUCUCGUCUCACGAUGCAGGGAGCAUUUGCGAGAAGCUGUUCUCAACUCAGAAAUCAUAUCCGUUAUGGCGUUUUAUGACAGACAACCUCUUCAUUUCCUUGCGAAGGAAGCCUUUUUGACCUUUGGAGACAAGGUUUGUUUGUAAACAUGUAUAUCAGAGCACUCUAGCUAUUCUAUUCAAGUAAAAAUUAGAAAUGUAACUUUUGUUUUGAAAACUAACUAUUCCACAGAUACAAAUUGGAGGAAAUUCAAAGUGUGUUUACUGGAAGUCCUUUUCUGGGUAAGCACUGACCACGAUGUUAAGAUCAGGCAAGCUCGUGAUGGUUUACAUGACAUUUUCUCAUAAUCGGCGCUGACUAUUGUUUUUCGAAGGGGAGGAGAAUGGUCAUCCAAUGGCUUAUCAUUGAUCAAGAGUGACAGUGAGAGCACUGAUUGUUCAACAAAUCAUUUAACAAGCUUUGCCGUCAUCAUGAGUUUCACGGAAGUCGAUGUAAGUGCUCUAAUUCAAAUAAACGCCAACACAUCUUAAGAGACGUUCACUUUUUUAAGAUCUCUACUGAACUGUUGUUUUGAUGCAUCUGUAGCAACUAGAAUUUGCAUUUCUAUUUAUCGUCAAGUAACUGCGAAACGAUCUUAUAUUGUUUUUCUUUCAAUCGAACUACUAUUGUGACGUUGUGUCUGUAUUUAAUUAAGUUCGCGUUUUUGCGUAAGGUUGCGUAAGGGCCUAUUUACACGGUACGACUUUGUCGCAUGCGACAAGCUUACGACAGGCUUACGACACGAAUUGUUUCGUGUAAAUCAAACCUACAACUCGCUUACGACUCUUAAGUCAUGUCGUAGGCCUGUCCUAAGUCGUGCCGUGUAAAUAGGCCUUAAGAAAUACGUAACGCCGGUAGCGUUUUAUUUCUCGCCAGUAUAAGCGUUGUUUUCGUGAAAUAAUUUCCACUGCUAGUUGAUUUCAACUAGGUCAGUCAUUACGUUUGUUUUUGCUGGCGCCGUGUCACUUUUGUUUAAGAGUCUUACUACCGGACGUGGUUACGCCACAAAUUGUAAGUUCGUUUCCAUUUCAUGUAACUUUGUCCUUAUUCUUAUUGUUGUAAUAUUUGUACUUAGAUAUUUGUGUCAAUUAUUUAUUUCAGUCGAAUCGCAUUCACCCAUCUGUACAUCUUUACAACCAAAUAUUUGUCGUCCUGAGAAUUAGAUUAAACGUGCAUUCAGGUUGUGGCGUUAAACGUGUAAUAUUUAGCUACAUUUUUAGCAAAAUUUGUGCAUGGAUUGACUAUGGAUGGCACCGGCGAUUUCUUCCCGGAAAGUGGUAUUGGAAUUGGAAGUGAGAGAAUUGAUGUGGCAACGCCCAGCUCUAGGAUUUUCGCCGAUGACACUCCUGCAACAACGAAAGUUCAAAAUGGUUUACGGCGAUUUCUUGGAGGUUAUCAAGGGUUCUUUAAAAAGCUUUAUGGCGAAUUUUGGAGGCUAACAUUGAUAAUGAAACUUCUCAAGCUUAAAAGAGAAAAGGUUUUUAGUGCACCAUCGUUUAAGACGUUAAAGAAAUCGUUUAAGACUUUAAAGAAAUCGUUUAAGACGUUAAAGAAAUCAUCCGUGGAUGGACCGAAUGAGGUGAUACCUCAUGGGUCGGGUCGCAACUCGUCAAGCAGAAUAUGUAUCUGGUACAUCUUCACAUGGCAACCAUUUGAAUUUGUACAACUGUUGCAGCAGCUGAUGCAGUCUCAGCAGCAAGCCUUUCAAUCUAUGGAAACGACGAUAAGGCAAGGAUUUUUUUUACCUAAACCUGAUCUCAGUUUGUUCGAUAGCAACCCCCUCGAAUUUUGGAGUUUCAUGCGAUCGUUUGAAAACAACAUUGAGAAGAAUACCUCGGAUGAGAGUGCAAGGUUGACAUUUCUACUUCAGUAUGGUAUUGGCCAUGCUAAUGCCAUCAAGAGUUGUGUCACCAUGGAUCCCGCGUCUGGGUGCCAAACAGCAAGGAAAGUGCUUAAAGAGCGUUUUGGUCAUCCCUUUAAAAUUGCCACUUCCCACGUCAACCAGGCAACCCGUGGACCGCCUGUGAAGCCUAACGAUCGGAAAGGAUUACAGACCUUUGCAGAUCAAUUAAAAGACUGUCUAACCGUGUUGGAGUCAAUUGGAUGUUUAGAUGAAAUUAAUAGUGCUGAUAGUUUAAGGAAGAUAAUUGAUCGUCUCCCCUUCCCAGGGUGCAUCAUUUUUCAAGUUUUGUUUCAGAAAGAGCCCGAGCUGCUAACAGUCCAGUCUAGUGGCGUACUUUAUAGCGAAGAAGAUAAAGGCAAAAAUGAUACAUCGGAUAGAAAGCCGAGACCUCCAGAUACAAUGACGACUUCUCACUUAACGUAUGCAAACUCUGGAAGACCCAAUUCCAUUGUACCAUGUGGAAGAAAAAUUUGGAAUCAUUAGCCCUCCCGGAGACAAAGAAGUAGUGGGAAUGGGAAAUGUUUUCUUUGCGACGAACCUCAUCAAUUAUGGAAUUGUGAAAUGUUUAUGCAGAAAUUUAAGAAAACAAACGACACUUUUUAAAAACAUGUCUUGACAGUUCUUCUGUCAUCUUCAGUUCUGAUUUUACAAAGUAAAAAGUUGAAUUUAAAGUGUAUAGCAAAAUGCUGAAAGAAAUCCUUUGAAGGUCGAAUGAAGAUAAUUCGUGACGCAAGACUCUGCAGCAAUUGUUUAUAAGUGAGACACUUUGCAAGUGGAUACAUGCAGAAGAGUGGAUGUUACGUCGAAUGUUAUACUGGAAAACACAGGACUCUUAUUCAUCCGCCGGAACGUUCCUUAACGACGAGGCAAAGUAAAGAGAUGAACAACGACGACGUCAAUGAAGCUAGCCCGACAACCACUCCAAUGAGGACCGGCGUCCGCAAACUGGGAAGUAACACUGGUGCAGUUAGUAGGAAAGUACGUUUGAGAAUCGUCUCUGUGAGAGUGCAAGGAAAGCAACCAGGACAAGCAGUGGAGACAUACGCAUUGUUAGACAAUGGUUCCGAUGUGUCACUUUGCGAUGACAGGCUGAUCCAAGUGUUAGGUCUUAGUGCAAUCUGAAGGAAUUUCUACCUAACAACGCACGAGAGGAGAAACAGUGCAAGUACAGGAUUCGAAGUUAACCUGAUUGUCAAUUCACUUGACACUGGAUCAAGUUAAGAAGAACCUUAAGUUUGGACAGUCUAGCGUCUCAACAUUGCAUAGCAAAAAAUACCAACAGACCAAGAUGUAAACAAAUGGCCUCAUCUGAACGGAAUUGAAAUCCCAGAAAUUGAGAACAAGGAGGUCCCUUUAACUCAUUGGAUGCAACGCACCUGAAGCUUUGAGUUCUCGAAGCGAGACGUGGUAAUAAAUGUGAUCCAGUGGGUAUUCGAUCAUUAGUAGGCUGGACGAUACUAGGACCAACCCAAAAUAUUGGAGAUCAGGACAGCGUGAAUGUGAACUUCAUACGCUUGGAAGACCACAAUGAUGAUAAAAUCCGUCUAAAGCAGGUAGAGAAGUUUUGGACGACUGACUUUGUCGAUUCAAUAUCAAGUACGAAGGUGUGUCUAGAGAAGGUAAACAAGCCUUAAGAAUAAUGGAGGGAUCUUCCAAGUUCGUGUCUGGUCAUAACCAAAUAGCACUUCCGUGGCGAAAACAACCUCCACAUUUGCCAAACAACAAACUUCUUGCAGUUCAAAGAUUACAACUGUUGAAGAAGAAUUUCUUCGUGAUUCCAAAUUAUUUGAAAGCUACAAGAGGACUAUUCAUGACUACAUCACAAAGGAAUACGCCCAACGAGUAUCUGAAAAAGAGCUGGGUGCCGAUGGCAAACCUCUCUGGUUUCUUUUACACAAUGCUGUCUUCAAUCCUAAUAGGCCUAGGAAACCGAGAGAAGCGUUUGACUGCGCAGCUCGAUGCAAAGGGUCAUCGUUUAAUGACCUACUACCAAGUGGUCCAGACUUGACAAACAGCCUACUUAGUGUCCUCUUAAGGUUUCGUCAGGAACCAGUAGCUCUCUCUUGAGACAUUGAAGCCAUGUUCCAUCGAGUAAUGGUUGAUCCAAACGAUUUUGAUGCCUCAAGGUUCCUUUGGUGGCUUGGCGAUGACUUUUCUAGCUUAUCUGUUGAGUACAUAUUGUAAGUACAUCUUUUUGGUAGCAUGUCUUCACCAAGUUGUGCUAGUUUUGGUCUUCGAAAGACGGCUCAAGACAGUUCAGAAGACUUUGGCCACGAAGUUAUCGACACAGGAGUGAAGAACUUUUUUGUGGACGAAUGUUUGAAGUCGGUGCAAUCAAAUAAAGUCGCUAGUAAAUUGAGAGAAGAUUUGUGCCUUACUGUCAAGAUAUAGAUUACGAUUAAACCUCGUGCCAGCCAAGGUAAAGGAGUUUUUUAAAGAGGGAAGUUUGAUUCAGAGGCCCUAAGUUUUUGUAGGAAAGUGAAAAAUCAUGGCCCACACCUAUCGAGUCUCAUCAGUCAGCAUUUCCGAUGAAGACUCAGAUGUCAGAGUUCAAGCUCAAACGAAGCAUGUUACUCUCAUGGAGGAUAAACGACCACUGAAGCUAAUGGCUCUGCAAUAUUCGUCAUGGUUUAAGCUCAGUAAGGGAGUUGCUUGGCUUCUGGGAUUUGGAAAAUUCCGUAAAAGCAAGAGGUGCGUUCAAGAGGACGCUGUUGGUCCUUCACACUGGGGAGGCUGUCUCUAGACGAAUUACGACACGCAGAGGCUCAAAUCAUCAAGUACGUGCAAAAUUAGCCUUCUCGUCAGUGGUUAAAGCCCUCUAGACGUAAACCCACGAGGAUACAAGAAGCGUAAAUUAAAAAUAAUCGGCUCAUUUGGUUCGGUGUACUAGAUGAGACCAUUUCUGGGUGGAGAGGGAAUGUUAAGAGUUGGUGAUAAACUUGAAAAUUCAACGUUGGAGCACCAAUAUAGAAAGAUCAAUCUCUGUUACCCUCAUAGAACCAUGAUACGAAGCUGCUUAUUAUGUAUGUUCAUGAGUCGAUAGGACAUUUAAGCCAAUUUCAAAGCUAUGUUUCCUCGAACAGGAGAGAUUACUUCUGUCGAAGGCCUCUAUCUAUUUAAUUUGCCUGACAAUCGUGUUGUUUAUUAAAAGUGAGAAAGCCUUGGAAUUUGUGCGUAAGAUCUGCGUGAACUUUGAACACUACCAGACUAACUAAAGAGACUCUUAUGUUGUUUACUAUUUGAAUUUUAGUCGCCCAACACUUAAAGUGAACUCAAUUUUAGUUCAGGGCUGAACUGCAGCAACUAGAAUUUGCAUUUCUAAUUAUUGUCAGGUAACUGGGAAACGAUUUUCAAUCGAAUUACUAUUGUGAUGUUGUCUCCAUUCAAUUAAAUUCGGGUUCGUGCGUGAGUUUGUGUAAGAAAGAAGUGACGUCGGUAGCGUUUUAUUUCUCGCCAGUAUAAGCGUUGUUUUCGUGAGAUAAUUUUCAACGGUAAUUGAUUUCAGCUUAGUCAGCGUUUCGUUAGUUUUUGCUGGCGCCGUGUUAUUUUUAUUUGAGAAUUUUUCUAUCGUACGUGGUUACGCCACAAAUUGUAAGUUGGUUUCUAUUUCAUGUAGCUUUGACGUUAUUCUUGUUUUUAUUAUAUUUGUACUUAGAUAUUUGUAUCAAUUAUUUAUUUUAAAGCGAAUCACAUUUACACAUCCACACAUCUUUGCAACCAAAUAUAUUUGUCUAUCUGGGAAUUAGAUUAAACGUGCAUCCAGGUUGUGGCGUUCAACGUGUAGUAUUUAGCUUCAGUAUCCGGUCUUGCUUUUUAGUGUUUUUUGCGUUGCAUUAGCCGAUACUUAGGGGAAAAUAAAUGAUACAUCGCUUUUUGUUGCCGUUUUUCUCAACUUUAUCGUAGUAUUACACCAUUUUUAUCUAAUUUCAAGCUUAAAAUUUAGCAAUCAGUAAGAGACAGUAUCUUAGUUACAAACACGAAUUCAGCUAUAAUCAGAAGGUACUCUGAAUAUUUUUCAAAAAAAUGCACUGCAUCGUCUCUAUAAAAGUCUCAAUUUAACAAAUUGACAUGCUGAAAAUUUUAAGAAUAACGUUUGGUUAAUCACAAUCUAAUUGCACUACGUUUUGUGAUAUAAUGAACUAAACAUCAUCCCUUUACUCUGAAGACUAUUUUUUAUUAAUCAUCUAUUCAUUAUUUAUUAUCACCUGUCUUCGUUUUAACGUUUUAUUUUUAGGUGUCCCCAAAAGAUCAAUUUGCUCUGGGGAUUAUCACUUACAUUGGGUGUUCAAUAUCACUGGUGUCUCUUGCCUCUGCCAUAAUGAUAUUUCUAUAUCUAAGGUUUGUGAAUUUUUUCAGUUUAUUUAUUUUAGCCUAUGACAGAAAGCAUAGUACAAGUUCAAGCUGCUAUAACUAAAAUGCAUUGUUUGGUUGUUAUAGUAUUUGUCUUUUUUUUAAAUGUAAAAGAAUCUGACUGAAACAUCAUUCACUUAACAGUAACGAGGGGCUUAAACCUCAUCUGAGCGAGUGGUAAUAAAGUAAAAUUCUGUGCAAUCAAUCACACUCCAAACGACAUGUUUCCACGAAAAUCAGUACGUUCCAGUCUGAUUCUUCUUCGUGUUCGGAACGUGAAAAGAAACGUUUUCACUUCUUUCUUUUGUUAGGUCGUUAACGGACAUCAGAUACAAAAUUCAUCUCCACCUAUGCAUUGCCUUGGCAAUGGCUCAAGUGGUUUUUCUUGUGGGAAUAACAGCAACAGAAAGAAAGGUAAGAUCUAUGUUUCUCUCUGAAUGAGAGAAAAAAUCAUAUCAAAUACGACAAUUUUGAAACAUUGCCGACUCAAACCUCUUCUUUCUAGUAAAGUAUAUCAUAAUAUGUAAAUAUAAUAAAAGAGUCGGACACAAAGCAUAGUUACCUCCUUCUGAUCACCACAAUUAAGUUAUCCAGCUGUAAUCCAGGAAUCAGACAAUUAUUGAGAAUUCAUUCAGCACCUCUGUUUUCCCAGGAAUGUGUGACUUUUGCGUCUCACCUCUGAAAACGUCAAAAUAGUUGACAGAAGACAAAAUUGAUUCACAAUUUUUUUCCUUAAAGUAUAUGUUCGAAAGCUGGAUACAGACAAAGUUGAGGAAUAAAUCAUUUAUAAAAUUAUCUUGUUUUCCAGUGGUUAUGUACAUUAGUAGCUGUUCUUCUACAUUACCUGUACACCGCAAGCUUCGCUUGGAUGAGUGCAGAAGGACUGCAUCUUUAUUUCAAGAUCGUCGCUGUCUUUAAUCUCCAAAAUCUCAAAUUCAUAUACUAUGCUGUUUUUGGCUGGGGUGAGUACAUAUUAACGAUUUUGGAAGAAAUAGUCGGUCGUGUAGAUCUUUAUGGACUGUUGAAAAUGUAUAACUGACGUUUUCCGUGAAAGACGAUUUUUUUCCUUUCGCCGAAAAAUUAUUAUUUCGUUAAUUGAGGAGAACACGAAUUAUUAUUUUUCUCUCUUUUUUUCCUUGUAUUAUUCAUUUUUUAAGAAAGCAAAAUUUGAUGACUUUUUUCAAAGCUCGUCAGAUGUAUACCUUCAAAAGAAAAAAGGAAUCGAUGAAAGUCACAUAUUUUAAUGAUGUAAUCGGUUAGACGUCCUCGUUACAGAUUAUAAAACUUCUUGUCUCUAUAGAGAAGUAAGACGAAGAUUGUGAAGACUGGACUAUGAGCAGACUAUGAGCAGACCAACGGUAGAAACAGAGAAAAUUCAAAAUUGAAGACAGAAGAUGAUAGCAAAAAGCACAUAAGAUCUAUCGUUAAUAAAUGUUUUACGAAUAGUGAUCUCAAGUUUUGUUUUACAUUGUGCGUUUAAAUGCUUUAUUCUAAUUAGUAAGUCGAAGACAAAUCUGAUGCCAUUAUAUACAAAACGGAAGCUAAUUUUGGUAUUAUUGUUUGCUCAGGAUCUCCCAUCAUUGUUGUUGGAAUAUCUGCCAUUACCAGAACGGAAGGAUAUGGUACAAGAAAUACGUAUGUAAUACAACUUAGUACUCGAUAAUGAAUUCAUAUGAUUUCAAUAAUUCAUAGGAUUUUUACUUACAAUUUUCUCUCGGUGACUGAAUUAACCAAACCUGUACAUAUAUUUGGUAUUCAGUCACUAGCUCUUGUAACCUGUGCAAGAUAGUGUCUAAAUACAAGGAAUACACCCCUUCUCCACAUUGCUGGCUGUAAGAUGUAUGACGCACUGAUUGGGGAAGUGAAGCUAUCCAAUUACAGAUACCAACAUAUUUGAAUUUACACAAAUAGAAAUAUUCAGAACAAAAAAGGAAGAAAAGUAUAGUCUCUUCUCAUAACAAGAAACAACCCACAAAAAUAGAAAGCUCACCCUCUGAUAUCUCGUCAUCAUUUCUCCAACUUUGAUCAGAUCCAUUUUUUGUUUUCAAAAACACCUCAAACGUAUUUUAUCAGGCAACUUUGACUCUCGUCCAUUUUUUACGUCACCUUGAAUCUGAUCCACGUCAAUCAAACGAUCCAUAAGGAAAUUACUAGAACAAGAUGUAAGAAGCAACGAUAAAGGGCACUGAAAUCACAUUUUCGUAAUGAAGUUAAAUUUCAUCAGGUGCUGGCUGUCAUUGGACAAGGGACUCAUUUGGUCGUUUGUUGGACCAGUCGCAGCCAUAAUUUUGGUGAGUAUUUCCACGACCAGAUACAUUUUGAUGAAUUUUGAUACUAACACUAUUCGCUUUUGAAGUUUAACCUGUCCAUGCUUGGAAUGACGAUAAAAGUUUUGGUUUCCUUGACUGAUGUGGCCGAGAGUAACGUACAGAAAAACUCUCUGAGGUAAAACUUUGUUUAAAAUACUGAUUUAUUGAUACGGCUGCAUUGCUGUGGUCGCAGUUCGUUCCGUUUUGCUACCUAAACCCCCGGAACAGUCUACUGAGAGAGUUUUCUUCACACGAAAUUGUUUCGGCCGCGACGAAAAUUAGAUACGUCAUAGCUACUUAAGUUAGUAUACCAUCGUCCAAAACGAUUCUUCAAUAACAUUAGGUGUUCGACAUUUCUUUCUUUUACCGGGUGGAAGUCUGCGUAAUCAUACCCAAUGAGGACGUCAACGGCGCCUUUCGGCCGAGUCACGUCGCCCCUUUGUAUCUUGAGAGCGUCAAGUGCCUUAUCCAUGUUAACACUUUGAAUGUCGGUGGUAAUUUUGUCUAUUUCGAAAACUUCCACAAGCGUCGUUUCGCCCUUGAGGUCAAUGAGCGGCAAUUUGUAUUUUCUGGAACUUAUCUUCUCUUCCUUCCCUCCCACCUUCACGAGAGAGAUUUCAAGUGGCGUUCCGCGCAGUCUUUCUUCCCGUGCUUUGUCGCGGGUUAUGAGGCUAAUGGAUGAUGCGUUGUCCCACAAGACGUUUGCAUGUCCUCUAGAAGUUUUUAUUUGUUGCAACUGGAGGAUGCAGGUCUCAUUACCCCCAUGGCUGCAUGCACUGGAUAUUGCGGAUGCGCUUGGAGUCUCUGUCUGAUCUUCUUCAUGUAAUGUGGGAUGAUGUUUCUUCUUACAUUCAUUGACGCCGCAAUCCUUUUUAGAGCGGCAAUUGCGUGAUCGGUGACCGGUUCUGAGGCAGGAAAAACACGCACCUUUUUCUUUCAAUGUUAAUAGUCUUUCGCUUACUGUUUUAUCGAGGUAUACUCUACAAUCCCUGGUAAGAUGAUUCGAGUUUUCGUGAACGACGCACUUGCUGUAAGUUCUCUGGCUGCGGCUGUCGUGUCUUUCAUCCGCUGUGGCGUAAUGGACAACUGCCUUCGUUAUGGUUGGGCCCUGCGCGCGAAGAUCAGAAUCGUCGUACUCGAUAGCGCGUUUUUGCAUAAGUAAAAAUUUGAGCAGGCUCGGAAACUUGUUGGUUUUGUCCACAGUGCUGUCGUCAGAACUUAAUAGUUUAGCCCAUUCUUUGCGUACGUCUGGCGGGAGUUUUCUCGCUAUGAUGCUUACUGAGCUCGUUGUGGUUAUUUCUGCUUCCAAGCCAAGUCUCUUAAGGUCACGAUAUCCGUCUUCUAUGAUUCCUACCAGCUCUAUGAAUCGCUUGUUUUCGCCUUCGCGGAUGGAUCUUACGCGUCUUAUCUCAUUAAUUAUCACGUCCGCGACUUUCGCUGGGUCCCCGUAUUUUUCGUCGAGUCGCUUCCACAUCUCGUAAACGUCAUCGUCGACGCUCUUUACGUGAGCUAAAGGUUCUUUUCCGAGACAGGAACGCAACGUGUAGGAUAAUGUAUCUUCCGUAAGGUGCGGCAUGACUUGUUUCUGGAAGUCUCUUUUGAAGGAUGGAUAUUCUCUCAACUCUCCUUCAAAUCGGGGCAUUUUGAUUUUCUCUAGUUGUAGGUGAUUUCUCUUUUCUCCUUUGAUCUGCGGCUGCAGUUCGCGUUCAUGUUCGCAUACGAGAUGUGUUUCGAGUUUAGCGUUCAUCUCGUUAUACAUCGCUUGAGUAGCUUGGAGCCAUUUAAUUUCAUUGGCUGCAGAUUCUCGCGUAGAUAAAUCGAGUAGCGCGCUAUUCGCUAGUUUGCAUUCCGCGAAAGCUUCGUCAAUCUGUUUCUGAAGUUUCUUCGCCGUAGACGGCUUUACUUUGUCCGCGCUGAGUGUGUGCGAAGCGCUUUGACAAGCUGUUUCAAAUAUGGCUCGCGCUGUUUCUCGUCUGAUCAUUGCUUGAUCAAAGAAUCGUUCCAUUUGCUCGCGUUCUUUGUUCGCCUUAUCCCUUUGUUCCGUUUCUGCGCGCGCUCUCAUUUGCACGUCCGCUAUGUGGUUAAUAAAGUUAAUCUUAGCUUUUGUCGCUUCGGUGAACUCCUCCUGGACUUUGUUGAUCCAUAUUUCGGCGGCUUCUAGCUCGGCGUCGUCUGAUAAAAGCAUCGCGUAGAGAUCGUGCUUUGUUUCCAGGACGUUCCAUGCUUCCAGGAAUUGAGCGUAGUUGUUUUCCACGAGAUCGUGAUUGCUGGCUGAUGAGAUGGACUUCAGGAGUUCGUUCCUUUUUCUGGUGAAUCUUGAUUUGGCGACGCGGCGGACGUUCUUGGCUUCUUCUGCCAUCGCGCUGAUGAACGGGUUUCGAAUGUAUAGGCGGGACACACCCUUCCAUUCGGGAAAAGAACCACAAAUCAGCAUUCGACGCAUGUGCAAACCACCUAAAAGCAGUCAAAAUUGACGACUUCUACAAUAUCGAGAGAUUAGGUGUUAGCUGCACGCCGCGCUGCGGAGGCUGCAAAUGCGGAAAAUGCGCUCCUGGAACCAGCGAUUACACUCUGAAAGAAGAAAGGGAGCUCCAUCUCAUCGAGAAAGGCCUUGAAUUUAACGAACAGGAAAAAUGCUGGAUCGCUGAAUAUCCCUGGAUUCGCGACCCACACGACCUGCCAGAUAACAAAAGAGCUGCCUUUGGAAGACUCUUAAGCACCGAGCGAAGAUUAUUGCGAAAUCCCGAACAUAGCAGAGUUUAUCAAAAUCAAGUUGAGGACAUGGUAGAACGAGGAGUAGCUAGGAAACUAAGCAAGCAAGAGCUCGAAACUUAUAAAGGCCCUAUCCACUACAUCUCCCACCACGAUGUUCUAAAGCCUGAUUCGAAAUCGACUCCAGUGAGAAUCGUCUUUAACAGCAGCGCGAACUAUAUGGGACACGUCCUUAACGAGUACUGGGCAAAGGGUCCCGAUCUGUUAAAUAAUCUUGUAGGAAUCCUCGUGCGAUUCAGAGAACACGAAAUUGGAUUCAUCGGAGAUGUGAAAAGAUGUAUCACACCGUGAAGACCAAGAUCAUAGAGCAACACACGCAUCGUUUUCUAUGGCGCGACAUGAACACAAGCAGGGAUCCGGAUACGUACGUUAUACAAAGAGUUUCAUUUGGAGACAAACCCUCGGGUACCAUAGCGACCGUAGCCAUGAGAAAGACAGCGGAACUAUCAAAAGAGAAUUAUCCACAAGCCGCGAAUACCGUAAUAUCCAACUCGUACAUGGAUGACAUUGUAGACAGUGUACAUAGCGACGCACAAGCUAAGCAACUAACUAAUGAGAUUGAGGCAGUCCUAGUCAAGGGCGGAUUCAAGAUAAAGGGUUGGUUCUAUUCGAACGACAAAACAGCAAACGAAAUGGCUUUAGAACCCAACCAGCAAAAUUCAUCAACAGAGAAAGUACUCGGCGUCAUUUGGAGUACAGACAAGGAUCAAUUCCGGUUUAAAGUGGGAAUAGACUUAACUCUGACGAAAGCCAAAGGACGCAUCAAAGAAAACCCAACUACUGGCGAAAUAACGAAGAGGAUUAUCCUCUCACAGAUAAACCGCGUGUAUGACCCUCUUGGUCUAGCAGCUCCCGUUACGGUCAGAGCGAAGAUUUUGAUGCGCCAGCUUUGGGCAACAGAAAAGAAACUCGGCUGGGACGACCCUGUCCCUGAGAAGCAAAGAAUUAACUGGCUGGAAUUCUUCCAAGAUCUGCGCAAUAUGGAUCAAGUUAUAUUUCCAAGAUGCCUCAAACCAUCAGGUGCACUCGGUCUGCCGACUCUUAUCAUAUUCAGUGACGGGUCAGACAACGCUUACGGAGCAUGUGCUUACAUCAGGUGGACAUUACCGGACAACAAAUUUGAAACCAGACUGAUCAUGUCAAAGAACCGACUCUCGCCAAAUAGGAAAUUAUCGAUCGAUCGAAUUGAACUUUGCGCGGCAGUCUUAAGUAAAAGGACAUUAAAUGAAACUAACUUACGGAAUGUAAAUUAAGAAUUAGGUCAAUACCUUCGGGAGGCGUGGAGUGUUUCGGCCGCGACGAAAAUUAGAUACGUCAUAGCUACUUAAUUAGGUUAAUCACCGUUAAUAACAUUAGUACUGCAAGCUUCCUCCCGAAGUCGACAUCUGAGGCCAUCGGGUAUGUAAAAUCUGUGGUUCGUUUUCUUUGAACUUUGUUCAUAUAACCUGAUAAACUGUUUGUAAUCAUAGGUUUCGAAAGACUCAUCAAUAAACAAUAGAAAGUCCUUUGAAACGUGGCUAUUUUAUACUGUUAACGCUUCGGUCGAGGAAACAGAAAUAAGCGCUCUUAUUAUCCAACUGCACAAAGCAGAGUACAAAUAACGCGCGAAUAGAGUACAAAUACCUUGCGAUAUUGUACGGAUAUUUGGACAGUUGUUUAUUUUGCACUAUAAAGAUUCUGUUUGACAGGUUGUCUACACUUGCAUGUGUUGUUGUUUCAAAGGAGAAAAAAAAUGGAUGAAAUUUUCGCAUCCGCGGAUUGUGACUGUGUUGACCUGCUUCCUUCUUUCGAACUAAGUUUGAAAUUUUGCCCAGUAAUGAUAGAGAAAGCGUUUCUCCCAAUGCAGACCUACUAAACGAUGCAAAUAUAGGUGAAUUCAUCGAGCAAAACAAGAACAUAAACACUGCGAAGAAGACGAAGACUGACCUUAAUGUACGGAAAAGGUGGUUUACCUCCAUUGGCGAAGAAAGAGGACUUGAGAAUAUCCCACCCAGUAAAAUAUAGUAAAUAUCAAGAAGUAAGACUGUACUGAGUUCGAGCCAAGUAGGCUAACAUCCUUCCACAGAUGUAUUGUCCGCCAUUUACGUGACCACGAAAAGCCUUACUGCCUUUUGAACGAUAUAGAAUUUUCAAAGUCAAGAGUAACACUUGAGUCUAAACAGCUUCGCCAAGAUGGAAAAAGGCCGCCUUCCAACAAGCUUGGCCUCAGAGAAUCAGAAACGGAGAAGCGGUGGUCUACAAAUCAACUCCGCGAGCACUGUCUAGAGGCUCUUAUCUGUACAGUGUGGUUAUACAACACGAUGCACUUUGUUUGGAGGGCAAGAGAUGAACGUCGAAGAUUCUGGCUGGGAGACCUGGAGCUCUGAAAAACAAGAAACGGUGUCAAAGAAUUUAGUUCCGAAAGGUAUUUCAAUCAUUGGAUGUAUACGACGGGCGGUAAAAGGUGUCCAGUAAAGUUUUUCAAGGGUUAUCUCGUUAAGCGACCUGCUGAAAUGAGAAAUCCAGAUGACCUUUUUUACUUGGCUGUGAAAAAACCUACAACCGAUGUCUGGUUCAAAAAGCAACCACUCGGAGUACAUUCUCUUGGCAAUUUCAUGAAGAGUAUGGCUCGAGCACACUAGCCAUCCUGCGCGCCGUACGAUGAUCACUAUGCUGGGAAAAGAGAACGUAAACCUGCUUCACAUCUUGCAAUUGCCGGGACACAAGAAUCUUAAGCCAAUCGAAAGCUACCCAGCAGUUUUUGAAGAGCAACAAAAGAUGUCCUUUUUCGAUUAGCCAGCGCUCAAGCGGUAGAGAAGCAAUGAAAUGUGUAAGCUGACACAAUUCACCCAUAACGCAAUACGUCUCUGUGUACUACUACUAGUACAGGUUUGAGCCAACCAGCUUCGAACUCCUUCUCUGAUGGUGUAUUUAACAAAUGCACUAUUGUUCUUGGUUCACAGUCUCCAGCCCCUCAUGUGCCGGCACCGAUUCCUGCGAAGCAUAGUCGCCAUGUUAUUGAGUCUGAUGAUGAAAAUGAAAUAUGAUUUUGGAAAUUAUUUUUUUUAUGCUUAGAGCUAGUCCAUGUCUUUGAGGGUUUGUCUCCCGGUAGAUUCAAUCAAUGGGCAUACCGCCCAGGCAGGACAUUCGACUGAACUAUUACUAACACAUCUCACAGAAACGUGGAGAAAAACACACGACUCAGGAUCCGCGGCUGCAGUAGUCUCUGUAGAUUUCAAAAAGGCCAUUGACAGUGUUUCUCAUUCUAUCUUGUUUAUGAAACUUAAGAGAUUAAAAUUCUUUCCGCGUUAACCGAUUUGUAUUUUGAUGUGAUUCUGCUCUCAUUGUCCUAUGGUCUCUUCUAGUCUUAUGGGGAUCAUGCUGUAACAGCGAAAUACUUCAGUCACUAGAACGGCUCCAUUACAGAGCAGCUAGACUUAUUUUAAACCUUCCCAAUGAUAUGGAGUCAUGCCAAGUACUGAAACAAGCACAAUGGUGUAACCUGUAUUCUUACUUCAAACCUGUAUUUUUUAUUUGUAUCCAUAAAGCGUACCAUGAGUAAAACUUCCGCGCCUGAACACCUGCUACAUGAAAGACUCUCUCCGCUCAUAGGCGUGCUACUCUGGAACUGCUUGACACGCAAACAUCCCCUGUUAUGGGAGCCUCGAGUGGAAACUGAGAUUAUUGGAUAGUUUUAGGAAUAUUUACCUUCAAAGUGCAUCUACAUCCACAUGCGCUUUCAAAUCAGAAGACCUGUAAAGUUAAACCGAAAGACUGUAAUUGGCAUGAAAUUUAGUUAAUUUCACCCUUCUCGAGAUGGCUGUAUAUCAGGUUCUUGAUAAAUUGUAAACUUUCGUAAGUCCGUUAGGACUUAAGAUCCUUAGAUAUACGACCCAACAAGCUUUAUAGCUUUAAAAAUUACCGUUUUAAAAUAAAGGAUUUGAAAUAAAGGAUCUUCUUGUUUGAUAAUGUAAUGAUUUCCCAGCCAUGAAAAGCCAUCAGUCCUUUUUUAUUUUUAUUCGCUUGAAAACUUGCUCUAAAUUCUGAUUUGGUCAUAAGUCACGGGGGGGUAUGUAAUCAUCAUUUUACAAAAACGUUGAUAUUGAAAUGAAAUAACUAUCUGCCAUUAGAUGCUCACUCAUAAAGAGAACAAGUACUGAUCUCUUGCAAAAACAGAACGAAAUAUACGUGAGAAAAUACCCAAUUUUGUGACCUUGAUUUAAGGUUUGCCUAGCAUCUCUGAUCUCAUUAUUUAUGCGUUAGAAAGUCUGGAAUGAAAAAUUUGUAUGUAAUCUCUGGUGGGAGCAGCGGUGGGAGUUUCACGUGUUUAUGCUAUUUCGUAAAACUGACCCGUCAGACUUCUCAUCCUCAGCCCAGGCUAAGAUCCCACUGCGUUCUUAAAAGGUUGGUUAUGGAAGGUGUCACUAGCCUCCUGAAUUAUCAUAUAUAUUUUUCUCUUUAGAUCUUGUAUUAAGGCGGCUUUGAUCUUGAUGCCUUUGCUGGGUAUAUCGUGGAUUUUUGGCCUUUUGAGUGUCAACUCUGGAACCAUUGCAUUUCAGUAUUUGUUUGCUAUAAUGAAUUCUUCACAGGUACGUUCUAUAUCCAACAGAUAUGACACAAUGAUUAAGUAGCAAGUGUUUAUAGUUAAGAAUAUUGAUAACAUUUCUAUUAACAGGCGAAACAUGUAUUUGAGGAUACCACAAAAAGUGCAUUGGGUGGAAAUAGAAUUUUAAUGAAAAAAGAGGAAAUCUGCUUUUGUUACGUAAUAUUUUUCCAUAAAUUAUCUACUAAUGGAUGUUUGGCUUUUAACUUAUGGGAGUAACAGUGUAGUUUUUAAAAUCAAAUUAUUUCUCUAGUAUCGACAACAAAGUAUAGUAACUGGUUCAGCAAGUGACAGUGAAUGCACAACACUCAGUGCUGUCUACUCCGGUGCUUCAGUUUGAUGCUCUUCGUAGCCUCGCGCAAAGUUCAAUAUAACCUACAUCUAAGUUUCUAGCUAAACUUGGUGAAAUUUAAUUUUUUUGUCGUCUCUAAUUAAAAUAAACCACAAAGAUUGCCACAUUAAUUAAUGAAUACAAAAUUCUACGUUUUUCAUUCCUAGAUUUUCCUUAAGAACGCCCUUAAAGUAUUUUGUUUUUUCCAGGGUCUUUUCAUCUUUAUUUGUCACUGCAUUGGCAAUGCGGAGGUAAGCUAACGGAUUAAAAAAUAAAUCCCUAUCAUUGAUCAAUAAUAACUGCGUCGAUUGAAACAGAAUAGAGAGUAAAAUUUAGUUUACAACAACACAAACUGCCACCUCAUCCGAGCUGUCAAAGUAUUAAGGUCUGCUAAAAUAAGAACGCUCAAAAUAACAACAUUACUGCAAAGACCGCAUGAAAUGUAAUUUCUGACGUCUGAAUGACAUGGGAACGAAUUAGUCAGAAAUUGGUAUUCUGAAGGCACCUUAAAGAGGUGAGGGUGGCAUCAAGGAAGUUUCGGGUUAUUUAAUGCUUGUAGCGAACGCAUCCUGAUACAAUCUUAACUUUUGUACAAUCAAACUAAGGGUUCUGCGAACGGAACCUGAGCUACGUCAGAUACGAGAAAAAACACUAUAAAACCACUAUGAAACCACUCUUGAUAUGCAGCAAAAAAAUAUGUGGAAACGUAUUCCUCAUCUAAUGCAGCAGCACAAUACUCCGCAGAAAAGGUAAACUAACCUGGUUACACAAUAAAUCACGAAAAAAACCCCAGAUUGUAAUGAUAUUCUACAGGAAGUUAGAAAAGAAAAUUACAACAAAUACGAAAAAAGAAAGUGGUCAAACAUAAGACUGAAUGACCUAGAAUUACUUAAUUUGCCGCGAAACACUUAUAUGUCUCGUGUGAGUUUAGUCAGAAUAUCUUCUCACUGUUGGGAUGACCAAAUCGUGUAAACACAAGAAUUUAUCAACAAUGACCUCUGAGUCCGUUAUUUUAACACAAUCAAAAUCACUAUCUCUUUUAAUUUUUGUGAAUUUCAUUAUACUUUGUCCUAGGUUCGUGCGGCUUUGAUUAGAUCGAAGAAGAGACAUUCCGUGAAAGUUUCAACUCAAAAUGUAAGUUUGAAUUAAACAAGAAACCUUUUUCGGGCCGUAUAGAGAGUCAAUUUGUUCAAGACGUUAUGUGUUUUUCUGAAACCAUAUUUAGCGGUGUUCCCGACAGAUAUCCUUGGACAAAAUGAAGACCAAAUCGAAAGGUAGUGCUUCUAUCUUACUAUUUCUACUUCACAUUGCUAACUUACUUCUAAGGGCCAAAAAGAGGCAAUAGUUGAUAAAAAAAGUUAUUUCAAAUACUUGUAACAGAAACAUUUAAAUCCUGUCUCUCAACCUCAGUUAACUGGAAAGCUUUCGGAAUGUUCAGUUAUAGUUCGUUACAUUGUUAAAACUUCUGUUAUUUUCCUUGCAGUACUAAAACAAUCGGCAGACCAGAAAAAUCCAAAAACAGACAUAGUGAAGGUGGAAGGGAGCCAAUGA